AUGUUCGGCCUACUACCAGACCUCACCCCACGAGAUUCGCACUCGAUCUGGUACACCUCCUCCCGCAACCCGAUAACCCAAGCCGCCCUCCUCGAAGCCCACGAACAGCGCCACAGCGGCGAAUACAACAACAACCAUGGCUCCGCCCAGCAACAGCAGCAGCAACAGCAGCAGCAGCAGCAGAACAGCUCCUCCUCCCGCCGCGCAGGCCACCUCCUCAUCGAACGCUCUGCGCUAGCGCGCCUCCGUGCCGACGAGCACGCGAUGGACCGCCGCAGGCUGCACGUACAAAACUUUGGGAGCACAUGGCUGAAGCCGCCCGGCGUGCCUAAGACGCUGCAUCAGAUCCGUGAGGAGCGGAGGGAGCAGGAGGAGCACGCUGAGGCGAUGAGAAGGGAGCAGCUUGCGCAGGAGCUCGCUGAGGCGGAGGCUGCGGGCCAGGAUGAUGGGCUUGAGGAGCUCGGGGAGGGCGAGGAUGGAGAGCAAGAAGAAGAGGUUCGGGAUCUUGAUGAUGAGAUUCCAGAUGCCGAGGAGAGUUUUGGGUUUGACGGUGGGGAGGAUAGUAUGGCGGAUGAUGUGUCGUCGAGUGAAGGACAACCUCUUGACGACGACGACGACGAUGAUGAUGACGAUGAUGACGACGAUGCGACGGCCGUGGACGAGGACGAAGACGAGAGGCGUGACGGCCUCGUCGCGGCGCGGAUGCGGAUGGCGGACGACGCGUUCAGACAGGCUAUGGCGCGGGGCGAUGUCGACGGCGACGACAUGUACGGCGCCGAAGAGGAGCUCGAGGCCUCGGGGCAGGGGCAGAUGCUCGACGAGGAGGACCUUCUCGAGCCUGGUGAGGAGGAUGUCGACGACUUGGGUAUGGGCGUCGACAUGGACGCCGACUUGGACGACGAGAUUCCCGAGGCCGGGGAGCUGAGCGGGGUGUACGAGCACACGGACUCCGAGGCGGAGGUGAGCGGGUUGACGACUAGCAGCAUCAGUAGUGGUGGAGGUGGGGAAGAUGACGAGGAUGACGAAGACGAGGAAGGGGAUAUAAGUUUUGCGCCGAGGGCUGCGCCGCUGAGGGCGCCGCUGAGUCCGACGGGCGAUCGGGGUAGGGCUGCUGCGCGACAUCAUAUGCCGAGAAGCAGUAUGGACCUGAGCGGGUUGCUCUCUGCAGACGGGAGCAGUAUGAUGGACAGUAGUCCGAAUGUUAGGGCCCAUAGGCGUUGA